UAAAAUCACUAGUAAGUAAUCUGUGCUUUUGGCCUAAAUAUUCUAGUUUAUUAAAAUAAUUGUGAAUCACAAACAUGCAAUAGUAUGUGUUUAUAUUAAUUUUAAAAUAUUGUCUAACCGUUUUAUAUUGUUUUUGAUUAGUUGGAAAUGUCCUCGCCACGCCCAAAAUCUCCCCGUACUCCUGUUUUACCUAAGAAGGAUGAUAAAGACGAGUCAUUUUGGGAUAAAAUUGGUACCAUUGGGCGAAAGAAACGCAUAAAGGAAGUGCAAGAAGUGCAAGAGGAAGGGAAAUAUGCCAUUGAUUCCCCAGGAAGUCCUACAGCUCCAGAAAUUCCACCAGAAGAAUAUAGCCUGUUGGACAAUGAAGCCAGGGCAAUAAUUGAACCCCGUUCCUUAGAAGAGCCAAGAGUUCAGGAACUUAUCCAAGUAUUGAUUGAUUGGAUCAAUGAUGAGUUAGCGGCCCAGAGAAUUAUUGUAAAGGAUAUCAGUGAAGAUCUGUAUGAUGGUCAGGUUCUGCAGAAGCUACUAGAAAAAUUGCAAGAAACAAAACUCGAUGUACCUGAAGUGACGCAGAGUGAAGAAGGACAGAGACAAAAAUUGGCAGUUGUAUUGCGAGCUGUCAACAAGGUACUUUUUGGUACAGGACAACCUGUUACCAAGUGGAGUGUGGAAUCUGUUCAUUCUAAGAAUUUGGUUUCGAUUCUGCACUUGUUAGUGGCUCUUGCUCGUCACUACCGUGCUCCUAUCAGGUUGCCAGAGAAUGUCAGUGUCGGUGUUGUUGUUGUGAAGAAGGACGCCCAGAACCAGCUCUCGCAUAGGACAUACACAGAAGACAUCACAACAACAUAUGAUGAGUUGGGCAUGCGAUGUGAGAGGGAUGCAUUUGAUGCCCUGUUUGACCAUGCACCUGAUAAACUGCAAGUUGUUAAAAAGUCGCUGAUAACAUUCGUGAACAAACAUCUAAGUAAAGUAAAUUUGGAGGUAUCCGACUUAGACAGUCCGUUCCAUGAUGGCGUAUGUCUUGUUCUUUUAAUGGGACUUCUGGAAGGAUUCUUCGUACCACUCUAUGAUUUCUAUUUAACGCCGAAAGACUUCGAUCAGAAAGUACACAAUGUGGCGUUCGCGUUUGAGCUGAUGCAGGAUGUUGGUUUGGCAAAGCCUAAAGCGAGACCUGAAGAUAUUGUUAAUUUAGAUCUGAAAUCGACUCUUCGUGUUCUGUACAACCUCUUCACUAAAUAUAAGAAUAUGGCGUAAACGGUCGAAAUCCCUAAUACUCUAACAAUUUACUAAAAUACUAAAUGAGCUGGAAUACAUAAAAAAUAGUAAUCAUAUACAUUAAUUCACCACCAAAAUUGCAUAAGACAUUGCACUGAUCUUGGAAAUAAAAAUAAAGUUUACAAACAUUUAUUAAAAUAUUCAUUUACAAUGUUAUUACUAAUAAGUUAGACUUAAGUUAUCUGUGUUGUGUUCUAAUAUAUUUUGUUGAGUCACUAAUUUUUCGUUUAGUGAACGGUUAACGCCUUUGUUCAUAAUGGACAGCAUAAUAAUUAUCACAAAUUUUAUGUAGCUUAUAAAAUAAAAAAUUAACAUCCA